AUGGCGCAUAUCCCGAAAGAAUCGGGCGACGGCACUGCCCCAGUAACCAUCUAUGGUCCCGGGAACCACGAUAUGCGUAGCCCGUCUCCCCUUUGCUUGCUGAGGACCAAGCGGGACCUCGCGGAUCUCGAGGCCAAACCCAUACCCGGUGUGUUCCUCUCGCCGGAGGAAAAGGACGUCACCAAGAUCCACGUUCUUAUGGUGGGUCCCGCCGGCACGCCUUACGAGGGCGGCUUUUUCCACUUGUUCAUCGAGUGCGGCGGUGACUACCCGAUGCAGGCGCCAAGCGUGCGCCUCUUGACCACCGACGCUGGGCGGGUGCAAUUCCACCCGCACAUCUACAGUAACGGGAGGAUUCUUCUGGGCUCAUCCUGGACCCCGGUCCAGAGCAUCGGCAGCUUGCUGGCUUCCAUCUUGUCGCUACUGCGAGCGGACGCCUACAGCGUGGGGAACCUCUCAUCCGAGGCGUACCAGGAAGCCAUUGACCGUUACAACUCGUAUGUGCAGCACGAAACGUUGAGGGUGGCCGUGUGCGACACGGUGGAAGCAUGCCUCCAGGACAAUUCCGCCUACCCACGUGGUUUAGCGGAGCUUAUUAUCCUGCAGAAGUUUGUCGGCUCCUACAGCAGGUACAAGGAGAUCAUCGAGGCCAACUUACACCUCAGCGGCACAGAAAUGAAGUCGUUUACUGGUUUAGUCAAGGGCACCUUUGAGUACGGCACGCUGCUGGCGCGGUUGGAGGAUUUGCUUCAGCGGCUGAAAAGCAAGUACGGCACCAACUCAACCGGCAGUGUUUAG